AUGUCUAGAGUCACAGCUCCCGUCGCCAAGCUUUCCCGCGCCAUCAGCUCGACCGCCUCUCCCGCCGCCGUCUCCCGCAGCAGUGGCUCCCUCCUCGACAGUACCGCUCAUCAGGGCGGCGCUCCAUUGAUGCCAAAGUAUGCCGAGCUUCUCCGCGACCGCGAGCACAACAAGUCCCGCGGCAUCACCACCACCCACCGCCCUGCACCCCAGCCCAGUAUUGCCAACCGUCCCCGCCCCCUCAUGCAGACCUUCCACUCGAGCGCCAGCCAGGUCGGCGUGCCCCGUCUGCAUCUUGACGCCAUGAUCCUGCCUUCGAUGGACUUUGCCUCUUCCUCUGCCUCCACCGCUGCCACCACCGGCCCACGCGUCCCUCUUCUCCCCGACAACUACGGCGCCGCCCAUGCCCCCGCGCCGCCCGUCCCCGAGGCCGCCUUUUCCAAACCUACCAUCUUCGCCGCCGAGCCGGAUCGCGUCGCUCCCGCCACUCCGCUGUCCGCCAUCGAAGGCCUGUCACUUGACGGCGUCGAGCUCAAGUUUGUGCACGAUGCGCCGGCGGGAGAGAGCAGUGCCGACGAGCACGGCCACAUGAUUCGCGACUUUUGGAAGGGCAUGGUCGACGACGUUCUCGGUCCCGUCCCCAAGACCAUCUAA